CGGCUAUGUAAACUAAGCUGUCGACUGAGAAAUAAUAUUUUUAGUAAAUAAGUGGCUUACAAUAAUUGACAAUUAAUAAAUAAAAUAAUGUAGUUAAUUGUUGUUUAAAACUAUAUGAAUAGACUUUAUGUAAUUAAAAAAUGAGGUCGAAAAUUCAAAUAGGGUUGGUGUUAUCAUGCUCCAUAGCUGUAAUUUGGCUCUUAGGGCAGCUCUACCACCAGCUACUGGGUUUAUAUGAGCAGAAUGGUAUUCUUGCACAGUCAGAGUACUCUUGGGUCUUCCGCUUAUUGUUAAACUGUGUAGGUUACUCAACAGUGUUAUUACCUGCAUUUUUCCUAUACAAGUAUCUUCAGCAAAUCAACUAUUUUGAAAAAAUAUCAAACAGUACCUGGGUAUCUCGAGCACUUCACACAUUGUAUGCAGAACAAAAUGAGCGAAUCCCAGACACAAUAAAACCAAAGGAGGAUGAAAAGAGGGAGAUACUGGAGAUGAUAAUUUGUUUUAGCGGCCUUAUGGGUUCCUACCUUAUCUGGGGCCUCUUACAGGAAAAGAUUAUGACACAGGAAUAUGUUUGGAAGGAUGGGUUUGUGUCCCGCUUUAACGAUUCCCAAUUCUUGGUGCUGAUAAAUCGGGUAUCAGCAUUCGCAUUGGCGUUUGGUCGUUUGCGUUGGACUGGGGAACCAGUAUUUGCAGCACCAUUGUAUAAGUUUUCAUAUUGCUCGCUCACAAACAUUGUCAGUGCCUGGUGUCAGUACGAGGCGCUAAAGUAUGUCAGCUUUCCAACACAGGUGCUGUCGAAAUCCUGUAAAGUGAUCCCAGUAAUGGUGAUGGGGAAAAUAGUCUCUCGUGCACACUAUCAGACCUACGAAUAUAUUACAGCUCUUCUAAUCUCCGCUGGAAUGGCGUUGUUCCUAUUCAGUACACAUGAAAACACACAUGCGUCAGCAGCCAUGGGUGUUUCGGGGGUUUGCCUUCUAGCAUUAUACAUGGCAUGUGACAGUUUCACCUCGUCAUGGCAGGCCGCUCUAUUUCAACGCUAUACGCUCAAACCGCUACAAAUGAUGUGUGCUGUAACACUUUGUUCGUGCGCUCUCGCCGCUGCUUCCGCUCCUCUACGCCCGGCUACGCUCACGCUGCUACGGCAUCCGAUGUUUGUAGUGGAUUGCUUGUUGCUCUCGGCCAGUUCAGCGUUGGGCCAAGUGUUGAUAUAUAGGACGAUAGCCCGUUUCGGUGCUGUUGUCUUUACGAUCGUCAUGACGCUUAGACAGGCGGUGUCGAUACUAAUAUCGUGUGCUGUGUACGGUCACCCCGUAUCAUUGGUGGGGGCUGGUGGAGUUUUAGUAGUGUUUCUUGCUGUCUUCAUACGUAUACAUUGCAGACGAAGAGCACGCAAACACAUGCACAAACCCGUCUAAGAUGUACGCGUACGUAUACGUAUAUGUUAAUAUACGCAUUAACGUCCCUCUGUAAGUAUGGAUUGGCCUCUAUAUAGUAAUGGUGUUUGUGUGCAAAAGGAGUACUCGAUAAAGAAAACAAAAGUUAAUUUAUGAAUACUAUUGUUAUCUAUUACGAUAUAUAUUUUAGUACUAAUGUUAAAAUAAGAGUUAUGUGUUCACUAUAAAUGUAUCCGAAAUAAUUUUCCCUAUUGGAAAAUUCCCCUUCAAAUAAAAAUUCUAAACGUAAUUAAAUUAUUUUUGUGCAAAGUCACAAAUGAAUUUUAAAUAAUAUUACGAUUUUAUAUGGUAUAUAGUGUGAGAGAAUAAGAGAACUGGACUUUUUUACACUUAUUGUUUUUGGGAAGAUUAUAGACUAAACUGUUUAUACUACUAACGGGUGAGACACAGAUGGUAUCAAUGCUUAUUGAAUCUUUGGACCAGAUAGGGUCCGCCAUUUUGUCGUCCUCUCUACUGUUACAUAAUACCACUGUUCGUAAUAUAAAUUAACAUAAUAUUAAUACCAAUCCCAGUGCGAUACUCAAACAUCGAACGACUCGAAUAAAAAAGUAUUUAACUAUGUAAAAUAUAUUUUAUGGACAUUAUUGUGUCUAUAUGUACAUACUCGUAUAUACGUAUUAUUAUGGUCAGUAAAUGUCUUGGACUUUAUCAUUAAUAUUGAUUUUAUAUACAAUAAGUUAUAUAUUGUAUAUAGUUUUAAAAUAAAUUUAUAUUUACAUAGUAUUGUUAUAUAGUGUUUAUCAACCUAAGUAUAAAUACCAAAAUGUUUAUUUACCCAUAUCUAAGUAACUCUCAAUGAAGCAGUGGAAAAAGAAAGAUUCACAGUUUAUUGUGUAAUUAUAACCAGGCAAAGCCUAAGUUAAAAAAGGUUCGAACACAAGAAGAAACGCAAACUCUUUUUGCUUUUGAGUCAAUUCCAAUCAAUCAACAAUCUCGUGGUACAUGCAAACAAUUCACUUCAAAACAUUUAUUUGACAGAUCGCAGUUAGUUUCUGAAUCUGCCAACUUGUGAAGUUAUUACGGAAGUUGAAUGAUAGUUGAAGUUGUCUCUGGAUUUUGACUAAAACAUCAAUAAAAUACUGGUAUUACUGCUACGUAGAAUUUAAAGAUAAAAGCGAUUAUAAAAAAAUACACAGAAAAUAGUCGAUAUAAAUUACUACUUUCUGUGUACUUUAUAUAAAAUUACAAACAAACGAAACUAAAAGCUUAACAUUCCCGCUAUACACUACACUUAAUAUACUUAUUUAUCCGUUAAACAAAUUUCCCUUUUGACGAAUGACAUAUUAUAUCAACUAUAAUUUUAAAACAAUUUAAUCUGAUACAUCCUUAUUAUAUUUAUUUUUUGUGAUAAUAAUCUUCAAUAUGAAGGUGUAUUAUUAUUCUAAACUGAUCGUAACAAAUUUAGUGAUGAUGAGAUAUUUCGAAUAUAUGUAUAAUGUAUGUGUGGUAGGUGAGUACUAGAAUUAAUUUUAUCUAUGACAUCAGAAGCCGAAAAGUGGAAUAAUUGUUGUUUGUGUAGGUAUUUACUACUUAGAUAUAUAAUGUACACCUACUAAGUACUUGUAGAUAAAUGGUUGUGUAAAAGGUAUUAAUAUACAAUGCACAAAUGGU